GAGCAUCGUGUAGAAGACACGCUUACUUCUUAAACAAACUGAUGAAAAAAUGUUAUCUAACAACAGGUGAGGAGGACUGUCAGGUAAAAGCGAUCUCACUUGAACAGUUGAGAGUUUGUUGGUUCCUCUGUGUAGAAAAACUCUUUAACCCUUCCAAUUCAGUUUUCUUUCGAAAUUUCAACGUUCCUGCCAGUUAAACUCUUCCCAGAGAGGCAGCCUUCAUCCGAUUCAAACCUGAUCCUAACUGAACUCAAUUUUUUCUGAGCAGAUCAACUAAAUUCAUAUCUCCAAAUGCCUACAAAUGAAUAGGGUCAUAGUCCUUAGUAUUAUAUAAUGCAUUGCAUUCUAAAAAUAUGUUAUACCCUGAUAUGAUCACAAUGGGUCAUUCAUGUGAUUCUGGGAAUGGAAAAAUUGUGGGUGCCAGCUCCUCGAUAGAACAGAGCAGAGACAAUGGAGAUGAAGAAGUUGAUCAGCAGGUACAGGAUCAUGAAGAACAAGAACCAGAAACAUCAAGAGAUGAUGAUGGACAAGAGCAUAGCAACGGUGUUGAUGGAGAAGUGGAUAAUAAUAAAGAUGGUUGGACCGAUGGUUAUGAUUAUAAUGAAGAAGAAGAGGACAGUGCUAUGGAACAAGAGGACGAGGAGGAGGAUGAAAGUUAUAUCACUGGUAUUUCAUUAGAUGAAACAGAGCAUGGGAUUAGUGUCGCCAGUGAGGCCAUAGUCGAGAAAGACAUAAACAAUGAAGAUGAACAUGAUGUGGGUCAUUGGGCACAAGAUGAUGAUGAAAAAGAAGAUGAAGAAGACGAGCAAGACGAUAGUCGUGAAUAUAGUCCCAGCACUAGCUAUGUUAAUAUCACCAGUAGUUCAUCAAUUAGAGGUGGGCAUCCUUUGGUUCCUGAAUCUUCCACAUAUAAUGACAUGAGCAGAGGAGAUGAACAAGAAACAGAUCAACAGGGGCAAGAUCAUCAACAAGAAGAGGAUGAUGAUGAAGAAGUAGAUAGGUAUGAUGCAGAAGAAGAAGAAGAAUGUACAGUAAUUGAUAUAUUAGUGGUACUUCAUUUGAUGGUGGAAAUAAGGAUACUUGGGCUACUGAGUCACCAACAAAUAGACAUAUUAGUGCUAGUUAAUCACCUGUUAAGAUUAGGGAUACUUGCGAUACUGUGUCACCAACGAAUAGACAUCAAUAGUGGAGAUGAUCAAGAAGUAUAUGAGCAGAGAGAAGACCAUCAACAAGAAGAUGAUGAUUUGCAAGUUGAAGAAGAAAAUUAUGACGCAGAAGAUGAAGAAGAAGAAGCAGCAGGCACUCAAACAGAAGAAGAGGAUGGGCAAGAAAAUGAUAGCAAUCAAGCUUACCCCAGGAAGAGAAAUGUAGAUAUCACUGGAAGUUCAUCUGAUCAUAUUAUGAGACAGGAUUCUUUGUCUUCUGACUUCUCAAUAAGCCAAAACCUAAAUAAGGGAGAUGAACAAGAAGGCGAUCAGCGAGGAGAGGAUCUAUGUCAAGAAGAAGAAGAUGGUGCUGAAUCUAAGGGUGGAAAGGGAAAUGAUAAAGACGGAAGAGGAAAAACAAAAAAAGAGAAAGAAGAUGGUGUUUAUAGUAAAGAAGAUGAUGAUAAGGAAGGUAAGCAAGAAUAUGAUUAUACCCCUACUGAUGAUGAAGAAAAAACAGAAAAAAUUCAAAUGGAUACAAAAGAUGCUAUUGCAGAGGAUGGUGAGAAUGAAUCAGAGGGAAAGAAGUUCAGGGGGAAAACAAGAUUUGGAUUAUACAUUGAACUCAAAAAGGCAGAGAAGAUCUGAAAAAGGCUGACCAGACACAGAAUGGAGACUAAUGAACAGAUCAGACACAGAAUGUAGACUAAUAAACAGAGAGGCAGAAGAAAAUAUUUUCAGAAGAGGAUGAUGAUAAUGAUAAAAAUGAAGAUGAAGUAAUAAAUUAAAAAGCAGUCAAACGAGAUAAGCUCUAACAUAUAUUUAAGCUUAUGGAAUGUAAUAACUCGGACGACCCAAAAUGAGAAAAUAAACUUAUUGUUUAUUAAAUGCAUGAAUAGCUUAAAGAAUUGGGUUUUAAUUGGAAAUUUUAUGAGGCUAUUGUUUAGAAACACAGAUGCUUAAUAGUUAAAUUUUCCAGUUUACCAUGCAAUCUUGACCAAUGCAUGAUGGAGUACAUUGUGUGUCUCAGACAUGGUAUUAGUAUUGUUGUUGUUGAACUAUUGUAAUUUGUCCCAUAAGCUAUAUAUAUAAUAUAUAAUAAAGGUUUGUUUUGGAUGUUU